AUGGAGAAGGCUGCAAAAGAGGAGGAGGAGGGCAAGAAGAGGAUCAUGUUGGCAUCAACAAGCUUGCUGACGGUUGGUGCCCGAAGCAUCGAGAUCUCUCUGUCCAUGAAGGAGGUUGGAGACGGGCUGCACGAGCAGAUGAACUGCAUGAUGGGUGCACUGCAGGAGCUGAAACUCCUCCAGGUCCAGACAGCUUUGGAGCAGUUGGACAUCUCGGGGAGCCGGAGCACCGUUUCUGGCAUUGAGCAGCACCAGUGCUGCCGAAGCAGCAGCGACGUGCCCAGGACCCGGCAGGACGAGGGGCUGCGGGGGGAGGCAUCGGUGGAGGAGCACGGCCCCACGGCCCUCACUUGUGCUGUGCCGCAGCCGGUGGGUUUGUCCCAUCCCGUUGCGCUCCCGGCGGGCGGCCACCUUAAAGACACCCCCUCCUCCUUCAGGAGCCUCCGUGAUGAGGAUGUUUGUCACCCAAAAGGACCUUCCUCCGCGUCGAUCAGAGCGGAGCACGUCCGCCCAAGGACAUUCAAGCCCAGUAGCCAGGGCACAGCUGGGGGCUGGCCAGCAUGCCAGGAGUGCCCAGGGUGCGACGAUGGCCAUGACUGGACAUCCUCCCUAAUGUCCCAGAGCAGGAAUCGGCAGCCGCUGGUGCUGGGGGAUAACAUCUUUGCAGACUUGGUUGGGAACUGGUUGGAUCUGCCAGAGCUGGAUAAGAAGGGGGAAAAGAACGAGGCGUCGCUGUCCAUGAGCAGAUCCCAGGAGCUCUGCAGGAAGUUCUCCCUCACAGCCAACAUCUUCAAGAAGUUCCUGAGGAGCGUUCGGCCAGACCGAGACAGGCUUCUCAAGGAGAAACCUUGCUGGCUUCCGCCUGAAGACAAACAGCCCAAAAUUUCUAAGAGACCCAAAAAGAUGAACAAACUCAAGGGGACGUUUUACUUCCCACUUCAUGGGAACAUCCAGAACCAUCACAGCAAAGCGGAGAGGUGCCCGAAGGCAGAAAGCAACGGCGAGAAACCCAAAAUUGGCACCAAGAAAGUCCACGAUACCAUAGACUACACCCAGUCUGGAGCCAGUGGGACACAAGCUCCAGGGUCCAGAAAGGAGGCUGAGGGGUCCUUGCUCACGCUCUCUCCGUCCUUUGCACCAAAGCCCACCCGGGCCCCUCCGCCGGCGCGGGGGGAAGGGGCUGGACGCGGCUGCGGCCUCGGUGCGGGAGCGGAGGAAGAGGAGCUUGGGGCUGACCUUGAUCACCGGCCGUCACCUCCUCCCACGGGGCUGGCACCGGGUCCCUGGGCGGGCAGAGGGGCUGCCCUGGCACAGAGCAGAGCCCACGGCACAGGGGUGGUUCACGCCGGCUUUACCAUGCAGCUUCUGCGCUGGGUCCGGCACCACCGCGCUGCCCUGGGGGGCUGCGGGGGUCCCACUGCUCUGGCAACGAGGAGGGAGAUCUGCUCCCUCAUUAACGGACUAAGGCGGCAAUCGAGGCUGGACCUUCCCAGAGGGCUUCGCCGUGUUCAUGACAUCGGGCUGGAGUUAGCGAUGUGA